UGUGCCUGAUGGGCCCUGUCUAUGGCAGUGUAAACUAGUGUCUCCUCAACAACUAUCAGGAUGGGGGAUACGGAGGGGGAAAAAGACCCCAACGGGGAAGACGGCCAGGAAGUUACCCCCUUUAACCCUUUUCUUCAUGAAUUCGACCCCGAAGGCUUCUGGCAGAAAACCAGGUUUUAUAUCCUGGGUGUGAUUCUCUUCCCCUUGCGUUUCCUGAUGGCAGCCAUCUUCCUCUUCCUGAUGUGGCCCAUUGCUUCUUUACGAGUAGCUGGGCUCACAGAGAAAGAGCUCAGCCGGUCAAUCAGAUACCGCCGAACCAUCUUUCAUCACCUGAUUUACCUUCUGAGUCGCACAAUGUUCUUCAUGUGUGGCUUCCACUGGAUCACCAUCCGUGGCCGUCGCGCCUCCAGCUCUGAGGCUCCACUUCUGGUUGUGGCCCCUCACUCCACCUUCUUUGAUCCCAUUGUUACUGUGGUCUGUGACCUCCCAUCCGUUGUGUCCAGAGUGGAGAACCUCAACAUACCGGUGAUCGGAGCUCUCCUGCGAUUCAAUCAGUCCAUUUUGGUGUCCCGACAUGACCCUGCAUCGCGGAAAAAAGUGGUGGAGGAGGUGACGCGAAGAGCAACUUCAAAUGGGGAGUGGCCUCAGGUGCUGUUUUUCCCAGAGGGAACUAAUGGCAAUGGGAAGGUCUUGCUGAAAUUUAAACCAGGUGCUUUUGUGGCAGGGGUGCCAGUUCAACCAGUACUAAUGAGAUAUCCUAACAAACUGCCAGCAACAAUCUGGACCUGGAAAGGGAAUGGGGUCUUUAAGGUUCUCUGGCUCACAAUGUCUCAGUUAUACAUCAACCUGGAGAUAGAGUUCCUGCCUGUUUAUCACCCAUCACCUGAAGAGAGGUCAGACCCUGUGUUGUACGCCAGAAAUGUGCAAAGAAUAAUGGCCGAAGCGCUUGGCAAGCCAGCAACAGAAUUUGAACUAAUGGGUGAUACACCGGUAACGCCUAUUGGACACCUGAAGGUGGCAGUGGACCCUAAGAUAUGGGAAAUAGGCAAAAUACUGAAAAAGGCUGGGUUCUCCUUUGACAGUGUGCAGGGGCUGAUUGAUCUUUGUCUGGAAGGGGUGUGCUCCAGGGUUGGUUUGGAUGAGCUGGCAGAGAAGCUAGACAUAAGGCAGAGCGAUGUAAUCUCUCGUGUAUUCAGCUACUUUAACAAGGAUGCAGCAGGGAUGAUUGAUUUCCGGGAGGUCUCCUUGGUGCUAGCGGCCCAGGAUGCUACACGAUCUGCAGAGGAGCUGGCAAAACUUGCAUUUGAUCUCUUCUCUGUCCGAGAUGCUGACGGAUGCUUCAUCCUCUACGGCGAUGGAUUCUCUUCUAUUUUGCGCUCGCUUCUUGGUACUCCUCCCGCGGAUAGCACAAAAGUCUAUGCUGAAUUGUUGACCCAUUCUGAGCCACGAGGCCUGACCCGAGAUGGAUUUUUAGGAUUCGCCAUGCGUCACCAUUGUUAUCGUCAUCUCUUUCUCUUCUACCUACGCCCACCAGCUUCAGGAGGACGUCGAAAGCCACCACGUGCCCAACAGAAUGGGCGCUGUGCUGGGAAAUAUACUCCCGAAAAUCAGUGCAAGUUUGAAUGAUAACAGGGAGGGCGGGGAUAUUUUAAUGGGGGGGGGCUGGGGAGGUGAGGGAGGGUAAAACUCCAAAACAGGGGGUAACGAUGAACAGGUCUUUAAAUUAAUAUAGGAUGCUGGCCUGUCCAUGGGAAAGGGACUAUUUUAAACGCUUAUGGGAUACAUUGAUGAUAUAAACUAUUGUUUUGCA